AACAAAAAUGGCAGACGAAGACGAAAUUGACAUUUUAGGAGAUUUUUCAUUUAAUUCUUGUUUUGCUCUAAAUAAUCAAGGAAUUCCGUCAUGUUCUAAUCGGGAGGACACAGUUCACCCUCAAUGGCUGAUGGACUCGACUGCAAAUAAUUGGUAUGAUAUUCAAGCAAAGAAUAUGAAACGAGAAAAAGAUGGUCAUACAAAAAAAAUAUCAAGUAAAAUGAAAGAUGAAAUAGAAGAAAAUGUAGGAACUGACAUCUACACUACUUGGAACCAAAAUGAGAGGGCUAUGCUCAUUGCAGAGAUGGCUAAAUAUGGGAGGAAUGUACGUAAAAUAUCAGAAACUAUAAAGACCAAAAGUGAGGCUGAAAUCCAGGCAUUGAUAGAAGCUGAGUAUGGGAUCAACUUAGAUACACCCACAUUUGGUCUAGACAAGCAUGAAGACCAUGAUGAUGUCCCAGCUGUGGUACAGGAAGAAAUUGUCACGGACGACACAUCUGUCAUUGGUGCUUUUCACAUAACAUCCAGGAAGCCGUUUAGAAAAAAAACCUACACCAAAUCCAAAAAUAGCUUAAUUAAACCUGAUAUUUUAAAAGCAAACAUCAAACCUGAUCUCAUAGCUAUAAACCCAUCUGAAAUUGUAUAUGAAGAUGAUCUUAUUAUAGGGUCGACUGAAUCGAUUGGGUCCGACUUGGAUUCCACGGAUAUAGUGUCAAAAAAUAUACUGAAGCAACAAAAGGCUAAGGGUAAGAAAAUUGGCAAUCACAGGAGGAAAGUGUCUAAGAACUAUGACAAAGCACCAAGAAAUAGGAGUAAAGACUUGUUGAAGUCGCCACAGGAACGACAGAGGAAAGAUUCAAGCGUGUCAGAAGAUAGCACUAAGAGUCCAAAGAUGCAAAUAGUAUUAGGAUCUGGACAGGCAUUGCCUGUUUCUGAAGGAGAGCAAGUGAUAAAAAUAGAGAAAAAGAAAGAUUCAGAGCCAGAGAGCGACAUCGAUGUUGACAGCGACAAGGAAACCACCAGCUGUGAAAAAAAGAAAGAAGUAGCACUAAAGCCAGUCUCUGAUGAUGUGCCAAUAGCUGUUCCCCUAAGGAAUUUUGAGCCCAUGCCAAGGAGGCAAAAGAAAAUAAAUCUGGAUGGCGGAGGCGGCUACACGAUAAUGCACACGGCGGCAGGUGACUUGCUCUCACGCGCGGACGAACCGCGGAAGCCUCGGGCGCCGCGAAAACAGCCCGUGCACCUCAUACCCUGCCGGAUGUAUAAUGCAGAAAACCCGGCGCCAUUCACAGUGCGCCUCCACGUGUCAGCGCUAAUCAGUGCGGACGCUCACGCGCACACUUCCCGUUCCGAAGUGAUGGGGCUGCUGGGCGGCGCGUGCGGGCCGGGCCGCCUGCUGGUCGCCGCCUACCGCCCCGCCGCCGCCGCGGCCGGCGGGACUCACUGCGACAUGGACCCGGUGUCUCAAGCCGCAGCUGCCGAGUCACUAGUCUCCCUCGGCGCGCGGCCGCUAGGCUGGCACCACUCGCACCCUCGCUUCCCGGCGCAGCCGUCGGCGCAGGACCUGCGCUCGCAGCGCCACGUGCAGCGCGCGCUGCCGCCCGGCCUGGCGCUGCUCACCUCGCCGCACUGGCUGCCCGGCCGACACGCCUCCACCUACCGAUGUUUCCGCGUAGAAGACGCAGAAGACCCGGACGCGUUGCCUAUAGGCUACCAACUCAGCGUGUCGCUCGAGCCUGACCUGACAGAAGAAAACGUGGCCGCCUUCUGCGCCGAACUGGCCGCCAUGCUGUGUGACGCCGCGCCCGCGCCGGGACACAUGGCUGCGAUAUGUCCUGACGCUAACAUGUCGCAUUUGGAUAAGUGCAUAUCGAGUGUAUCGCACCACUUGCGCGCGGCCGGCUACGACGCGCACGCGCCCGUCGCGCGCCGCGUUCUGCACGCGCUCCGACACGUGCUCGGGUAAUGAUACCGGCCGUAUGUCCAACUACCCUCCACUCACUUGUGCAGUUGUGCCUCGAUUCAACCCUAGAUGGCAGCACUGGCGAAAACGGGAGAGCUAUUCUUUAAAAACAUGUCGCACAAUUCAGAAUAAGAGAAGACAAUCGAUUAGUAACUGGAUUUUAAAUGUGCUUAAAUUCAACCUGUGAUGGCAGCACUGACGAAAGCAAUAACUAGGCUAUUCUUUACAAAAUUGCACUAUUCGAAAUACAACCGUAUGAGAACUAUGAAUCGCCUACGAGUAGAGAAUAAGAUAAUGACUUUUGGAAGAAGCCCGCUGCUCAAAGGCAUGGGUACCUCAAGAGUGCCAAGGAUAUGGUGCAAUUGUAAUGUAAAUAUCAAUAGGUAUCAUAAUGAAAAAGUUGCUCUCUGACUUAUGUAUACUACGAGUAUCAACAUGAUGAUAUUAUUUUAUUUCUAAAACAUUUUUGCAAGUGUAAGUUCGUAUCGAUUCAAACGCGUCAGAUUGGCAAGAUAUGUAUGUAUUCAUGUACAUAAAGUACCUAUGUUGUUUGUAAUCGAACAAAUAAAACUGAAUUUAUGACAGGCAUAUUUAUUUGUAUAUAGUAGUUUUUGCCUGAUCAUAAACUUUUUAUUUGUUCCAUGUUUCAGACCUUAACAUUAUUUCAUACUGUUAAUUUAUUUAUUGAAAUUUUAUUAACAUAGUUAAGCUAAUUUCGUUGUAAUUUUGAUUAUUUUAUUCUGUUGAUCGCCUUGUCCUUACCAUUUUUAUUCAAACUUGUGUUUAGUACAUAAGCCAGUAUUAGCAGUAAGGUAUUAUUAACCAUUUUACCAUCACAAUUAAAGUUGUUUACGGAGUGACUUCGAAAAGAAGUGUAUUUGACUGAGAGACAUUAAGAAUGUUGAAACACUGUGAUCGAUACGUAAAAUAAAAAUUGCAAUAAAAACUUUUAAAACAUA